AUGUCUCUCAUUUUCAUAUACUUGCUAUUUGAACUAGCAAAUGUGGUGCAUGGAGCAGCCUAUGUUGAUAAAGAUUGCCCAAAAAUUAGAUGUGAUCCCAGUGGCCCGGCCAUCCAAUUCCCCUUUCGACUGGGAGACAGGCAACCCAGCCGUUGCGGUUACCCAGGCUUUGAUCUAUCAUGCUCGGAGGACAACCAAACUAUGCUCGAGAUGCCAUCGUCGUCAACCAAGCUAUUUGUUAACAGGAUCAAGUACGCAUCUCAGGAACUUGAAACUCAAAUACAUGACCCAGAUGGUUGCCUUCAGAGACAGCUUCUCAACAUCAGCUUAUCGUCUCAAUUCGUAUAUACGCAUUGGACAGAAAAUUAUACUGUGUUCAGUUGUCCAUCACUUAUAAGUAAAAAUCGAUCUUCGAUUUUCCGCAUGUUAAAUGAUUGUCUAGUGAGAUUGAACCCUUGCGUCGGUGAUCGUAAGAAUAAUCAUUCUGUGAUUUAUGCGGUGAGUAGUGAUUGUUAUAUUGAUUACAUUCCCCUGGUGUCUUGUACUAAGAUGCAUGACUAUAUAUCAGUUCCUAUGUUGGACACAACUGGGAAGGAUAAAACACUGAAGCUGAAUUUACAUUGGUCCAUACCAUCAUGUGAAUAUUGCCAUAAGUUAAAAAAGACAUGCACAAGGCGCACCAUCUAUAAUCGUGAAAAACAGAAUGAAAUUCAAUGUAAAGGUACAAGCGGGCUAGACUUCAUGGUUAUAGGUAUUUGCACACUUUCUGUUGUAGUUAUAGCAACAGGAAUUAUUGUGAUCUAUGUCUAUAAUUCUAGCAAAGAAGAACAAGAAAAUAAGGUGAGAGUCGAAAGAUUUUUGGAUGAUUAUAGAGCUCUCAAGCCAAGUAGAUACACAUAUGCUGAUAUUAAGAGGAUGACAGAAAAGUUCAAGGAAAAGUUGGGGCAAGGGGCUUAUGGAACAGUUUAUAAAGGAAAACUUUCAACUGAAUUAUUUGUUGCAGUGAAAAUCCUGAACAAUUCAUAUGAAAAUGGGGAAGCUUUUAUCAAUGAAGUGGCAACAAUGGGUCGAAUUCACCAUGUCAAUGUGGUUCGCUUAGUUGGCUUCUGUGCCGACGGAUUCAUACGAGCUCUUGUGUAUGAUUUCCUACCAAAUGGUUCACUCCAGAGUUACUUAACAUCACCAGAUGACAACAACUCCUUCCUUGGUUGGGAAAAGUUGCAAGAAAUUGCUUUAGGUAUAGCUAAAGGAAUAGAAUAUCUUCACCAAGGGUGUGACCAACGAAUCCUCCAUUUUGAUAUUAAACCCCAUAAUGUUCUGCUUGACCAUCAUUUCACGCCAAAAGUUUCCGACUUUGGUCUAGCCAAAUUGUGCUCUAAGGAUCAAAGUGCAAUAUCGAUGACCAAAGCAAGGGGGACAAUGGGCUACAUUGCACCUGAGGUUUUCUCUAGAAACUUUGGUACCGUGUCAUACAAGUCAGAUGUCUACAGCUUUGGAACCUUGUUACUUGAAAUGGUUGGCGGCAGGAAAAAUUUCAAAGUGAUGGAGAACUCUAGUAGCGAAGUCUACUUCCCAGUAUGGAUCUAUAACUUAUUAGAGCAAGGGGAUGACCUACGAAUCCAUUUGGAAGAUACAGGAAAUAUUGAAGUUGCUAGGAAACUUGCAAUUGUGGGUCUAUGGUGCAUUCAGUGGGAUCCAGUAAAUCGUCCCUCUAUGGUAGCUGUAGUUCAAAUGUUAGAAACAGAAGGUGGCAAUCUAACCAUUCCUCCUAAUCCUUUUGCCUCAACUUCGAAUUGA